AUGAAUAUCGCUAAUAAAAAUAAUAUUAAUAUUAUUUUAGUUACAUCGUUCAAUCAACCAAUAUUUGGUGCAUAUGCUGCUUGGAAUAAUGUUAGUAUUACUUUUGCAAAUAGUAGUACAGUUGGCACAAGUCCAUAUGGAAUUUUCGUAGAUACUAACAAUACGGUUUAUGUAGCCAAUCAAGCAAGCAAUCAAAUUCAAAUAUGGUUAUCGGGAAGUAGUAUACCUACAAGAAAUAUUACCACUGGUCUUACUUCUCCAUAUAGUAUCUUUACUACCAUCACUGGUGAUAUUUAUGUCGAUAAUGGAUAUACAAAUAAUAGAGUCGAUAAGUGGGUAUCAAAUCGAAAUACAAGUAGUUCAGUAAUGCAGGUUCAAGGUGCAUGCUAUGAUCUCUUUAUCGAUGUUAAUAAUACUCUUUACUGUUCAUUGUAUACUCAAAAUCAAGUUGCUAUAAAAUCAUUGAAUGGCAAUUCAAGCAUGUGGAUCGUUGCUGCGGGUACAGAAUGUUCUGGAUCAACUUCAAAUGCACUUAGUAAUCCUCGUGGAAUCUUUGUUGAUACAAAUCUCAAUUUAUAUGUUGCUGAUUGUGGAAACGACCGGGUGCAAUUAUUUUUAUCUGGACAAGUAACAGCAACGACAGUAGCAGGAAGUACAGCUACUGGAACUAUCUCACUUGAUUGUCCUAGUGAUGUUGCGCUUGAUGGUGGUGGAUAUCUUUUUAUUGUAGACAGCAAUAAUAAUCGUAUUAUUGGUUCAGGAUCAAAUGGCUUUCGUUGUAUAAUUGCAUGUGCGUCUACCAGUGGUUCAGCAUCCACUCAAUUAAAUAGUCCGUCGACUUUUAGUUUUGAUAGUUAUGGAAAUAUAUAUGUUACUGAUCAAGGCAACAGUCGAGUGCAAAAGUUUCUUAUAACAAGUACUUCUUAUAUAUAA